AUGGCUUCGGCCAUCGGCGGCUCCAUCCACGCCAUCAUCGAGCAGCCCAUCGCCACACCCAUCGAGGCCUCCAUCACUCAGACCCAAGUGAACGGGAAAGGCUUCGCUUGGAACUUCAAGGACCUCUUGGCCCGGGGCGCGUUGUACCGCUCCUUGCCCGCGGCCCUGGGCGGGGCCGUGCCCAAGGCAGUAAUCCACUACUCCAUCCUGAAUCUCUACAUCAACACCUUCGCCCCGCACGGGGACAUGUCCAAAGCCGACGGGAAGACUGCCACUAUGAUCGGCAUGGCCACGGGCGCCUCCGAAGUGGUGCUGGUGAACCCCAUCAACUUUGUCAAGUUCAGGAUGCAGCGACCAGAGUGGGGCUACAGCGGCACCCUGGAUGCCGUCCAGACCAUCUACCGCACUGAGGGCGUGAGGGCGUUCUGGAAGGGAACCGGCGCCAUCUUCUUCCGCAACACGAUCUGCAACGGCGGCAUGGUGGGCGGCUACAAAUUCGCGGAGCGCGCCAUCGCGAGCUCCGGCCUCGACCUGGCGGAUGGCCCGAGGCACAUGAUGGCGGGAGCCUGCGGCGGUAUCGUCGGGUCUUUUGUGAGCUAUCCCAUGGAGAUGCUCCGCGCCGCGAGGCAACACCACGUGCCGUUCUGGGAGGAGAUGGUGGCGAAGGGCCCCUCGCGUCUGCUGGCGGGCUGGGCGCCAGGAGCGGCGAGGCUGGUGGUGACCUCAGCCAUCAUGGGCUCCAUCAUCCCCCACCUCAAGAAGUUCAGCAACGCCUUGGUCAUGGGCGAGUGA